AUGUGUGGAUACACACCGCGUACAAUGUAACUUGCCAGUCCGGUUUAGUUGUACGUGAGACUUUGCUGCGCGCUAACGUUGCUCUGUGCUGGGCUGCAGACCGCUAAAAAAAUUCGUCUUAUGAACUACAGACACACACAAACACAUUCGCAUAACUUUGAAUACCCAUAUCGAUCGAUCCUGCUGUAGUUGUGAAUACCGCAAAAGAAAUUCCGUGAACGCGCGUUUCAUCGACAUCACCACCUCUACAUAGGUACAUUCUCAUGUGGAUUAAAGAAAGAAAUCGCAAAAGAAAAAUAAAUAACCCAACGACCAAAAUAAAUUUUCAAAUUUAUCAUUUUCAGUUUUUAUUUUAAUUUUUCAAACACAAGAAAAAAAAACGCGACGACGUUAGCCAGGUAUGCGAAAUUUGGCAAACAAAAGUGACAGAUGUGUCUGUGGAAGAAAAUCGUUGAAAAAUUAAUGCAAUCCGCAACUUGACAAAGCAAGAAAAAUAAAAAUUAAUUAAAAAUAAACAACAGCAUCAACAAAAAGUUGGAAACAGCAAACACAAAACGAAAAGCCCCCCUUUAUUUCUCCCCCUCUCAAAACCAUUGUCGUCAGUGCCUUAAAACAAACAAAAAUCUUGUAAAGGAUAACAAAACAAACAACCCAAAAGCAAAUAAAAAUACUUAGCUCAAACCCAAAUGAAUUGAAACCAAAACAAAAAAAUAAUCAUAAAAAUCGUAAAAACGGAAAUUUCCAUUGAAACUUUUCGGUUUUGUUUUUCUGUGAAUCUUGGAAGAAAAAGUGAAAUAUUUGCGAAAGCCUCGAAGAAAAUUCCCAAAUUUUCAUUUGUCAACAAACGCUUGUCUUAAACAUAAUAUAUGGUAAUGGCAGAGAUUGGUGGCCAUUUGGCUCACCAGCUUCCCCUGCACAAUCACAAUCAAACUGGAUUACAACCAUCGUUGGUGAUGAAUCAUCACCUGGAUUUGGAUUGUCAUGGACAUGAUGUGAUAAAAAAACAACGACUAUCGUUAUGUGUGGGUUGUGGUGGGCAAAUUCAUGAUCAAUAUAUCCUGCGUGUGGCUCCCGAUUUAGAAUGGCAUGCAGCGUGCCUAAAAUGCCAAGAAUGUCGGCAAUUCCUUGACGAAAGUUGUACGUGUUUUGUGCGUGAUGGCAAGACCUAUUGCAAACGCGAUUAUGUACGAUUAUUCGGCACCAAAUGUGAUAAAUGUGGCAAUUCCUUUAGUAAAAGCGAUUUUGUGAUGCGGGCCAAAACGAAAAUCUUCCACAUAGAAUGUUUUCGUUGUUCAGCCUGUGCGAGACAAUUACUGCCAGGUGAUGAAUUUGCGUUAAGAGAUGGUGGCAUUUUAUAUUGUAAAGAUGACCAUGAUGUACUGGAAAAAUCCUCCCAAAGCAGUUUGACCUCAUCGUCAUUGGAAAGCAACAAUAACAAUAGCUGUAGUAAUAAUAACAAUCAUUCAAGUCUUAGCAAUAAUAAUAAUCAUUCCAGCGAAUUGGGUUCAAUGUCAGACUCUGGCAGUGAAUCUGGCUCACACAAAAGUAUUAGGGAUAAAAGGCCUUCGGGACCAUCGGAUGGAAAACCAACGAGAGUAAGAACGGUGCUCAAUGAAAAACAAUUACAUACAUUAAGAACCUGCUAUAAUGCUAAUCCGCGACCUGAUGCGCUCAUGAAAGAGCAACUGGUAGAAAUGACAGGAUUAUCACCCCGCGUUAUACGUGUGUGGUUUCAAAAUAAACGUUGUAAAGACAAAAAGAAAACCAUACAAAUGAAAUUGCAAAUGCAACAAGAAAAGGAGGGUCGUAAACUCGGCUAUGGAGCAAUGCAGGGUAUACCCAUGAUUGCCAGUUCACCCGUGAGACACGAUUCGCCACUAAAUCUGCAGGGUAUCGAUGUACAGACAUAUCAGCCACCAUGGAAAGCCUUGUCUGAUUUCGCACUACACGCUGAUUUGGAUAGUAAUGGUGCCAUAAAUACCCAUACACCAGCAUUUCAACAACUAGUCAAUCAGAUGCAUGGUUAUGAUCUGAAUGGUAUGCCACCAUUGCAGCCCCAUCAACAAGGACCACAUCCGCAAAUACCGGGUCAACAAAUGAACGGACCACCCGGUGGCAGUAUGGACUCAGGAAUUACCUCACAUCAUCAUCCGGACAGUACAGAUUCCUAUGUCACCUAUUUGGAGAGCGAUGACAAAAAACUAACACUGACGCCAUCUUCAACAACAUCAUCAUCCUGUUCCUCAGCAUCCUAUUCUGUUGCUGGCAGUGCAGGUAUCUCAGCAUCAACACCACAACAAUAUAACAACAACAAUUCUAGUACAGCCGGACCCACAUCGGCAUCAUCGCCGACAUCGUCUAGUGUUUUCGCCAACAAUGGAGGACAUAUGCCAUCGGCAACAGAGCAAUUGAUGCAGAUGCUUCAAAAAGUCACAGGAUCCCCCACAUCAACAUCUGCAGGGUCGUCAUCAUCAUCAACAUCUGUGUCUCGUUCAAUGGGAGUUUUAUGAAAUCUGCGAUCUUUAGAAUGGUGAUGGUUUAGACCACCUAUAAUGGAAUGUUAAACCGUAAAAAAACACGGGUUUGUGCAAUUUAUGAGUUCCAUUACCACAAAGCUCCAACAAAAGAGCUUAAAGCAAUGUAUUACACAAAAAGUUAUUAGGGAUUCUUUAAUCUAGCUAACACUUGGGCAGAAAUGUUUUACGACAUAUUAAAUAUGAGAUACGAUUAUAAUGCAAUCCUUUCCGAAAGAUUCAAAAAAUAUAUGUCCAAAACUAAAAUUAUGCUGCUUUUUACAUUUUUAAAAUGUUUGAUUAAAUAAGUUGGAAAAUCAUAGCUAGUGGUUGAAACUCCUUUAUUCUGUCAAAAUGACCAUGGCCUUUAAAGAAUUAAUUCAUAGUCACGCUGUAUUUUGACAGACCGAAUGAAAUCAGCUGGGCUUUUUUAAUGAUCCAUUUAAUACAAGAUACAAUUGUAGCACACAAUGGUAAAAGCGAAAAGUAUUGCCAUGUAAACGUAGCCUAAAGCGAGAUAACAAAAGCUAGCGCCAUCUAGAUGUAACAUUUCUGCCUUUGAGUUAGAACGCAACAUCAUUGUUUAUUUCAAAAUAAAUUGAAGCAAAUAUUAACUAUUGAACGAUGAAUAAAUAAAUCAUCCACACAGCUCGUCUUAAAUAAAAGUAUUCAAUAAUUUCUUAAAUUAAAUUUUCAAAAAGAAAACAAAUACAAAAACAACAAAAUGCUCACUCACUUUAAAAGUUACUUCGUUUUAAAAAGCUAAGGGAUGUACUUUUGUUUUGUAAAUUAAUUCACAUUUGUUAUUGUAACAACUAUUGCAACAAAUUAUUGGUAAUGUAAAUAUUAAAAAAUGAAGAUUUUGUUUUUCUUUCUAUUUCAAUGUUUUGUUGACUUUUUGUUCUCUUUUCCAUUUGUAUUUCUUAUUUGUUUUUUCAAGUUUCAAAUUGAACCCCCCUCAACAAGCGAAACCUGUCGCUGACUUUUUGGGGUUUCAUUCAUAAUCAUCAUCAAACAAAACUCUGCAAGUAAAAUAUUAAUUGUAAAAUAGUAUUAUAUUAUUAUAAAUAAAUAAAUAAAUCUCGUUUUCCCCUCCUUCAUCUCAAUCUCUCUCCCUCUCUAUACUUUUUAGUUAUUCAAAUUUAUGUUUUCUCUCGAUUUAUUUUAGGUGUAAUCAAUACCAACACAUUUAUAAAGUAAACAACACACACACACAUAUAGUAUAUAGUGAAUAUUUAAUAAAUAGUCUUCUAAGUAAACAUGUAUUAACACAAAAUGUUUAUAUAUAUAUACAUACGUACUUAUAGAGUUAUGUAAAAAAAUCACAACAAAAAUAAGAAAAAAUAAUUGUAUUUUUAACUUUAAUUUUAGUAUUCAUAGAAAAUGUUUGAAAAUUAAAGCAAAAAUAAACAAAAAAUUAUAAUAACAGGAUGAAAA